GGCUGGCGCGUGGAAUAAAAACAUCUAUAUUUACCGAUGAACGCUCAAUCAACAGGACACCUUUAAAGAAGAUGGGUGCAAGGAAAAGAGGAAAAAAUUUAACUUGUGCGUGGAUAUUUGCCGUUAUCAUUUCAACAUGUGAAAGUGCAAGCGUUUCUGAGGUACAGCCUCGUUAUGGAAGUAUGGGCGGAGAAACGAGACUAACUAUAUCGGGAUCGGGAUUUUCGGCAGACCAGUUCAGUCAAAAUGAGGAUCCGGACACUGGGAACAUGGUUUACCUCAUUAGUGAGUCGGGCAGUGAAUACAGUUGCCCGGUACAUAAUGAUGGGACAACGGAAACACAAAUCAUGUGUUAUACUCCAAAUGGCAUGCAGGAGGAGAAUCAUUAUGUCAAAGUUGUUGUUGACGGGGCUCGAGUCCAAGACAGUAAUCUGUGUAACGGAAACCCGACAGGGUCAAGCUGCACUUAUAAGCCUAGUCAACGAUAUACUCCAACUGUUACCUCACUUUCUGCCCAAUCUGGAAGACCAGGUGGGAUGAUUGAAAUGAGAGGAAAAUUAUUCACUGACCGCUACGGCAGCAACCUUGCUUCUGCUACUAAUGGGCGGACAGAAAAGCUACUUAGGGUAUAUGUUGGACCACAAGACUGUGACCUAAAGGACAAUGAUGACUUCUAUGGUUUGCAAGUAGAAGAGGAUAAUGACAAUGGAAAUCUGAACUGUAAAGCUAAAGGUUCAUCCGUUGGAUUUUACAACGCAACUUAUAUUGUUGAGUCACCUUUCGGAAGGUCAGUUGCCGACGGUGAAUUGUAUCGUGUAUCUUACAAUGAUGAGAUUUAUUUGUAUCAAACAUAUACAGACAUUACCAAUAUCAGCCAUUCAGUUGGAAGCGAGGCUGGAGGUCUGAGGCUAACUAUUUAUGGAAGUUAUUUUGACGAGAAAGCGCCAUAUUCUAAAGCCAGAGCUUAUGUAGGAGACACUGUUUGUGACGUCAAAAACGUCGUCACUGACGAAUAUGUAGAAUGUAUCGUGGCUGCAGACCCACAGUAUACAGCCUCUAAAUUUGAAGGCAACAGGGGUGUCAAUUUCGAGUACUGGACAUCAACAUCGAAAGGAAAAAAUGAUCUGGACAGUAUUUUGUCACUCAGUAGCUCCGAUCCCGGCUACAAUUCAACAACGCUCGAUGACACGUAUUUCUAUGACAACAAUGAAAUGGACACGUACGCAAGCAGAAUGACGUCAUACUUUCGACCACCUCACAGUGGAGAAUACGAAUUCCAACUUCUUGCAGACGAUGGAGCUAGGCUAUAUGUUGAUGGGAACGAAGCUGUUACAUCUACACGUUCCUGGAAGUCGUCUGCUCGAAUGACGCUUAAUGAAAACAGAAGAUAUUUACUGGAGGUUACUCACUAUGAAAACAGCGGUAAUUCAUUUAUACACUUGAGGGCCAAGUUCUUCGACACUGAAUUCACAAGUUCCUGGACGGCAAAGGCCAAGCAAGAAACUCAAACUAUCAAGAUAACUUCAACUGUUAAAUUUGAUGAACAGCAACUGGCAUUUUCACGGUUCACUGGUCAAACCCACACCCAAGAAGUUCAGAAAGUUGAAAUAACACAAGGAGAUACUUUCAGACUAGGAUUAUUUGGAGUAUUCACUGAACCAUUGAUGACAACAAUGGAAGACUCCAUGAUACAAACAGCUCUUGGAUCUUUACCAAUAUGGGGAGCGGACGAGUCCAUUCUUGUAGCAAGGAAUCCAUCAGACCCACCCUCGUAUCAACUAACAAUUCAGUCAAAGAGAGGUGACUUUCCAAAGGUUGACGUGAGGCGAGUAGCCAACAGCUCUGGGGUAGUAUCUUCUGUGACAGAGCAGACCAAAGGAAAACCAGAUUUAGACAUGGUCGCCCUAUCAUUUGACGACAUUGUUUCGGAACCGUUCUCUGUAGAUUCACUAGAUGCUGGAACGCUUAAAAGCGCAGUCGAGGGAAUGUUUUCAGCCAAAUGUCCAACCGUGUUCAGCAGUCCAAGUAAGGCGGCAUAUUAUCAAAAUUUUGAAAGUGGGAGUGCAGAAUUCUGGGGUACAAGAGUUAUGGACACUGAGCCAUUCUGUGGGCGAUAUGUUCUCAAAAACCCGUUUCGUAUUUACAGGCAGCCAUCCGAUGAAGAUGUUGGAAUAAUGCUGUCAAUGUUUGGAACGGUCUGCUUUGCGUACAAAGGGUUUUUGGCGAACAUCAUCGGUGUUAAAUAUUCCUACAGAGAUAGUUCUGACCAAGAAGUCAAAGAUAAAAGGUUGCAGUUCGCGUACGAAUUCCAGACAGAUUCAGCAACAGUAUCAAAUAGGUGGUACUAUACUUGCGUUGACGUUUAUGACAAAGUUUAUGACGAAAGGCCAAGUGACACUGAACAUCGUCUUUUGGAGGCAUGGGUGUACCGAGCUAAUAGCGGUGUGGAUGCUUAUGUUGACUCUCUUUUCAUUGGACGUGACACAACAACUGAUGAUCCAGAGGUUCAUUUACGAAGAUUGAAACCAGCGUUGCCAAGGAACAAAGUGGUAGACAGGAACAAUUUUGUUGACAGAGUAUCAGUUGACACAGUGUCUGCUGACACAUAUAAAGUAACGAUUGUACCAAUUGAUUGUGCCUUCAACUUCCCGCUCUUUGAACUUGCAAAUGGAGGAGUUACUUCUGGUGUGACAAGUAGUUCUGGUACAACUGCGACCUUGGCAUUAGAUAAUGGUAGAGGAUCAGGGGUUGUCACGGUGACCCGGACUUCACAGGCAUCACCACCGGUGACUGGAUUUGUUGACGUAUCUUUUGAUGGACAUGGGCGGAAUGAUAUAAAUGUAUCACUUGAAGCGGCUGAAUUUGAAAGGGAACUGGAGUCAAUUCAAGACAUAGGGUCUCUUAAUGUGAUAAAGGAUGGCGAUUGUGCAAACUUCGAUAUGAUUACAACAUUCAUUUCACUACCGGGAGAUCUUCCACAGAUGACGGUUUCGUACGACCGUCUUCAAGGAAUAGAGGCCCAAGGAAGUAUUGAAACAAAUGUAGACGGAGGCUUGUUUUAUGAUCCACUUACAGGCGAUAUGGUAUCGACGGUGCACAGCUCGCCUCAGGUUAGACUUUACAUCAACGAUAUACCCACGGCUUGUACUGAUGACUGCUCAUUCAACUGGGAUUCAUCCUCCACGCCAACUAUUUCCGGUAUCAACCCACAAACAGGAACAUCAUCACUAUCUACGUCUGCUGUUAUUACUGGGACAGGAUUCAGUACUGUCCGGACCAAUAACAAGGUGAUAAUAGGAGGAGUUGAAUGUUCAGUAACUGGUUCAACUGCGACUAGUAUUACGUGCGAUGUUGGUAACGGGCCAGUGGGACCACAUUCUGUAGUCGUGACAGUUGAUGGUAAAGGUAACGCUGAAGGUAGCGUUCAGUUUACUUACACAGCAGGUAUAUCAUCAUUGGCCCCUACGUCAGGAAGUCUUGGAGGUGGUGGCAAUCUAACAAUCAGUGGUUUUGGUUUCAAAAACGGUGCAAAUGUAACAAUCAACUCCAAGAAUUGUCCUGUUGUCUCAAUACAAGCAGAUACAAUUGUGUGUUUGGUCCCACAAUCGACAUCUGCCGGUACUUACGAUGUGGUCGUUGAUCAGGAAUCUUCUUCGUUAAGUUAUUCUGGAUAUACAUACGAUUCUGGACUGACCGCCUUAGUAAGCAAUGUAGUUCCAGCGACAAUAGACGUGUCAGGUGAUAAUAUAACUAUAUCUGGGUCGUCAUUUUCUUCAAACAAUGGCUCUGUAUUUGUUGGUUCGGUUGAAGCAGACAUUACAUCUUGGUCGGAUAGUCAAAUCGUGAUAUCUGUUAGUGAUGUUUUCUCCGGCAGCCAAGAGCUCAGGAUAGAAGCCGCAAAUGGAUAUGCCGUAAAAACGAACACUUUCGAGUUACCAACAGUUAAUGUUGAUUUGAAAAUAACAAAUGUUUACCCUCUACAAGGUUCAUUGUUAGGUGGAACGAAAUUGACAAUAACAGGAUCAGGAUUCGGAACUGACGAUAACGUUGUGGUUGUGAAGAUUGGGGCUGUCAAUUGUGAAAUCUCGUCUUUAACCAACACUCAGAUACUCUGUCAAAUUGAAGAUGCAGGAACAAUUCACCAAGUAACAAAUAGGGGCAUUGAUCCAGCUUUUGGUGUUUACUACGCCUAUGACAAACCGUUUAUAACCAUUAACGAAGGAGAUUUUGUUAACUGGUCAUGGGAAACGCCAGCAUUUGUUAACGAUAUCGCACAUUCUAUAACGGAAGUAGAAAGCCCGAGUGCUACUGUUGCUAAGGAAGGCGGAUUUAGUAGUGGCAGUGCAAGCAGAGAUGGCAGCUUUAGACAUCAGUUUGUGAAGGCUGGUCGUUACUACGUAUGGAGCGGAUUUGUCGACAUCUAUGGUAUCAAAUAUUAUCACGGUACAAUCGAAGUUGUGCCUGCACAAUCAACUUUCGGAGAAGUUAGUGUUAAAGUAGGGAGAGCAGAAGCCUUGCAUAACGUCGGAGGUGCUUCAAAUCCAUCAGAUGGGUCUAACUGUCAGUCUGUUACAUCAGGCAAACAGUCCUGUUCUGACAGUAAGGCAGCUGUAAGUGACGCUAACAAGUUCAACUUUGCCUUCUGGACCUGUAGCUCACCUGUUGUUAACUCGGUCAGUGUUAAUAAUGGAACAACGAAGACAGAUAUAGUUAUAAAUGGGGAAGGUUUUUCUAACACAGAAUGCCAGAAUGAGGUCAGUUUUGGUGGCAUCCCCUGCAUAGUGAAAUCAUCUUUUGAAGACACUCUUACAUGUAAUUUGGAAAAUUCAGGAGAACCUGAAUUAGGAAUACUACAUCAGAUAGAUAUGAGGGUACACAAUCGAGGUAACGCACGUAUUAAUAUCGUAAAUCCCAAGGAUAAAGGUUUUGCCGUUAUACCAAAUAUUGAACGCAUUACACCAACAUCUGGUUCAUUGGCUGGUGGCGCCCUUUUAACAGUCUCUGGUUAUGGAUUUGGUGAUUCGCCAAUGGUUAAAGUAGAUGGAUACCAGUGCAAUAUCAUCACCAAAACUUAUAAGGAAAUCGUGUGUGAAACUCCAAGACAUACAAUUGAAGGUCAGAAAGAUGUUACAGUGGAAGCUUUUGUAAAUGGUGCAUCUCUUCCAGCAGAAUGUGAAACAUUUUUGAAAAAGUGCCUUUACUCUUACGCUACCUUAUAUACUCCGACUGUUUCAGGGGUUUCACCAUCAUCCAUGUCUGGAUCAACUUCAUUCACAAUCUUUGGAACAGCUCUUGGUACUACUACUGGGGAAGUUAGUGUCUCAUUUGGUAAUGUUAUGGGAACUGUUACUUCAGUCAACGGAACAGUACUUGUCGUAGACGUUGAUAAUAUCCCUGCAGGGAACAAUGAUGUAUUUGUACGAGUUAAAGAUUAUGGUAAAGCGUCAGGAAGUUUAACGGUAUCUGGAAUACUGACGAUUAGUCGAAUUUCUCCCUCUUCUGGAAGUAUUCAUGGUAACACUAAAAUAACAAUUGAAGGAAAUGGCUUUGUUAAUCAAACAACUGUUACUAUUGACGGAACUACAUGUGAGACAGAGUCUACAUCUCUUUCUGAAGUGAUAUGUGUAACAAAAGCCCAUGCUGCUGGGUCUACCACUGUUGCUGUGACAUCAAACAGCAUAUCUGAGUCUUCGACAUACAACUACGCAACCAGCUCAACACCAACUAUCACAUCUUUAAACCCUACCUUCGGAGUCGCCGGACAGACAUUGACAAUUACUGGAUCAAACUUAAGCGGAGGCAAUGUUGCUGUCACAAUUGGACAGUCUAGUUGUGACUACAUUUCUGGAAAUGCGGGUGAAAUCAAGUGCACUAUAGGGGAUCAUCCAACUGGAAUGGCUAAUGUUCUUGCACACGUUGCAGAUCUUGGAUAUUCAAACUCAAACAUUCAAUUUGAAUACCAGCUUAGUAUUGAUAGUAUUCUCCCAAUUCGAGGUGGUACAGCAGGUGGUCAAAUUGUGGUCAUAGACGGAACAGGGUUUGACGAUUCAGCCGUUGUUACAAUCUGCGGACAGACUUGCCAACAAACCCUUGUUACAUCAUCAUCGUACACGUGUAAAACACCGUCAGGCACAGAUGGGUCUUGCAGUGUUUCAAUAACUUUAAAUGGCUUGACAAAAACUCUUCCAAAUGCUUAUACGUACGAUUCAACUCUCACACCCUCUAUUUAUGCCGUGAUUCCAAGAAGAGGUGGAACUGGAGGCGGCACAACCUUGACCAUCACUGGGUCAGGUUUUGGGAUUGUUCAAGGAAACGUUAAUGUUGAGAUUGAUGGUACUGUUUGUGUUGUGUCUGGUGUUGUUGAUACUGAAAUAGAAUGUGUGACAGGACCGCACAUGGGUUCUAUUAACACUAAAGUGGAAGUUCAAGUGUCUGGAAACGGAAUUGCUCAAGAGAGCUCGUCGGGAGAUGCUGACUUUGAAUACAUUGAUGUAUGGUCUUCAUUAUUUACAUGGGGCGGCGGCCCUCUGCCACAAGCCGGCGAGUUUGUUAUUAUACCUGCUGGUAUGACAUUACUGCUGGACAUGGAUACACCUAUACUUUCGUUCCUGUUAAUUCAAGGUGGUCGACUUAUUUUUGAUGAGAAGAAUAUAGAACUGCAGUCAAACAUUAUUAUGAUAACAGACGGAGGACUAUUGCAAGUAGGUACUGAAGUCAAACCAUUCGAGCACAAGGCUAUCAUAACAUUACAUGGCCACCACAGAAGUAAAGAGCUCCCUAUAUACGGUACCAAAGUUCUUGCCGUAAGGAACGGCACUUUAGACCUGCAUGGUAAAGAGGUUCCGCUAACCUGGACACGCCUUGCAUCUACAUCUGCAAGUGGCUCCAACACUCUUGAGCUGGUUGACCCCGUUGAGUGGAAUGUAGGUGACGAAAUAGUCAUUGCUUCUACAGGUCAUCGGCAAAGCCAGAGAGACAAUGAAAAGAAGAGAAUUGCUGCUAUAUCCCAAGACAAUCGAACAUUGACUCUUGAUUCGGCACUUGAGGCAGAGCAUGUAGGUGUUGAGGAAACAUUUGAUGGUACUCUUGUAGAAAUGAGAGGGGAAGUAGGACUUCUAACACAUAAUGUAGUUGUCCGCGGUAACCAAGAUCCUCAAUGGCAAGACGAAAUUAAAGCUUGUGCAGCUGGAUUUAACGUUGGCGAGUUCGCAACACAGACUUGCUUCCAAGGAAGGUUUGGUGACGAGAUAGGUAGUAGUCAGUUUGGAGCUAUGAUCCUUGUACACGCACCAGUAUAUGAUACACAUGAAGCACAGGCUCGCAUUUCAUACGUAGAGGUCACAUUUGCUGGACAAGCUUUUAGACUAGGACGAUAUCCAAUACAUUUCCAUUUGAAUGGUGAUAUGUCGACAAGCUAUGUUAGAGGAUGUGGUAUUCAUAAAACCUUCAACAGGGCUGUUAAUAUUCAUGGCACGCACAAUACAUUGGUAGAAAAAACUGUUAUUUACGACAUCAUGGGAGGCGCAUUCUUUUUAGAAGAUGGUAUUGAGACAGGAAACACCUUGCAAUAUAACUUAGCCGUUUUUGUGAUUGGAAGUUCAAGCUUAUUGAAUGAUGAUGUUACUCCUGCCUCUUACUGGAUAACAAAUCCAAACAAUACAAUCCAACAUAAUGCUGCAGCUGGUGGAACCCAUUUUGGCUACUGGUACAGAAUGCACGAACAUCCGGACGGUCCAUCGUUUACAAAAAGUGUGUGCCCAAGAGCCCAGCCAUUGGGUAUCUUCAGAAAUAACUCGGCACAUUCAUUUGGCUGGUUUGGAUUAUGGAUUUUUGAAAGUUACUUUCCGUUAAAGGGUGGAUGUGGUGGCACUGAGGUAGAACCAGCUGUGUUUGAAAGUCUCUUUGCUUGGAAUAAUGAUAAAGGUGCAGAAUCAGUUAACACCGGUGCUUUGCAGUUUGUUGACUUUGUCCUUGUUCAAAACAGACUUGCUGGAUAUGAAUGUAAAAGUAUUGCUGCUGUUCCUAAAUACACUGAUGAUUCUCCCAUGGUAAAGGAUAGUUUAAUCGUUGGUAAAACCACUGUUCAUCCAAUUAAUCACCAAGGAUGUACAACUGCUGCCAUUGUCCUUCCGAUGGGUCCAGGAUUUAGAGUAGUUAAUACAAGAUUCGUUAAUUUUGCUGAAUCUUGCUAUGUGUUUGGCUUUGCAAAAAUAGCCGGCACUUGUAGUUUUGGUUGUGGUGGAUUUAGUUAUCACGUUGAGGCACUAAAAUAUGUAAAUGCUCCAAACAAAGCUUCUUAUGGUUGGGAAUGGGAAGGUAUCAUUCUCGAUAAAGAUGGAACAACAACCGGGAAGUCUGGAAACUGGACGAUAUUGCCUACAUCUGGAUCUAUUCCAUCUGACUGUGAGGCAGCUUCAGAAUUCAGUUUUGGAUUACCUGGAAGUAUGUGCCCACCACAACAUAAGUGGCAUAGAUUUGCCUUCAACAACCCUUCUCCAAAAUCCCUUGAGGGGAAGAACUUUAUUUUUACAAAUCAGUAUGGCAACAGCUCUGUGCCUUUCCUAAAGAAGAGAAUAACCCACAAACCAGGUUGGAUGUGUGCUUUCCUCAGUGGCGCUACCUACAAGUACCAUUUUGAAAAUGCAGCUCAAAUCCGCAAUAUCAGCUUUACUGGUCGAUUUGAUGAUUUUGGGUCUGAGGACUAUAUAUUUGUGGAACUGAAUGUGUUUGAAGCUCCAGAUAGAUUCACAAUUGAUGGUGGAAACUCAUUUAUUAAUGCCACAGUUGGUGGCAUUGAUCCAUCAACAGCGAAGAAUGGUGACUGGGAAUGGGACAAUGCAAAUAACAAAAUAAAGUUCAUUGUUCAUGGUAGACAGCGUUCUCGGCGUUCUGUCGGAGCAUUGUCUGUAGACAAUGUGUUUACGUUUUCCUCAUUCAAAUGUUACUAUGACAACUGUAUCCCACCACCGGACCCGAGGACGAUACCUCCAGCAAUAAACAGACCACUGAGUUACGAUUAUUGGGAUGAUGAGUCAGUAUGGAAUCAAACAGAUGACGGUUAUGUAACAAAUGUUGGUUUUAAUGGUACACAAAUACCGCAGGAUUAUGAAAAUGUCCGGAUUCUUCUAAAUACUUGGGUUAUGGUGAACAUGACGUCAAUUAAUAAGAUUGGGAUACUGUUGAUAGAGGGCGUUCUAGAAUUUGCCGAUCAUCCGUCAGCUCAGUAUGUUAUAGAAGCUGAUUUCAUUGUUAUAAAAGGUGGGCGUUUAAUUGUCGGAUGGCCGGAUGAUCCGUUUGAUGGAAUGGCAUCUAUCAUUCUUCGUGGGAAUCAUUCUUCACCAUUUUAUAAUGCUGGCGUCGGACCAACGCUAGGUUCAAAGGCUAUUGGAGUGUUUGGAGGACUGGAUCUGUUCGGGAAAGAUGAAGGAACAACUUGGACUGAGCUAGCAGCUACUGUUAAUGCUGGCUCUAAUACGAUAACAUUAAAAGAACAAGUACAGUGGUCGGUUGAUGAUGAAAUCGUUGUCGGUUCCACCAGCUUUAAUGUCUGGCAGACUGAAUCCUUUAAAAUCACCGCCAUUGCCUCAGACAAUAUUACUUUGACUUUAAACGAGACUUUGAAAUACAAACAUAUAGCUCAUAAUGAAACCCUUGCAAAUGGUGUGGCUAUAUCAAUGGGAGCCGCUGUUGGCCUUUUAUCGCGUAAUAUUAAGAUCAUUGGUGAAGAUUAUGACAAACUGUAUAAAGAAUCUUAUGGGGCUCGAGUCUUAGUUGGUCUUGUUGUAGAUAAAGGGGAAACAUACGCAGGAUAUGCUCGAUUGUCAAACGUGGAGUUUUAUCAUACUGGACAAGAAGGUUAUACCGAGGAGUAUGACCCUAGGUUCUCAGUUGCGUUUGUGGCAGUGGGGACAGUUAGUGACAUCAGACCGUCUAUUGUUACAAAAUGCUCUUUCCACAAUGGGUUCAACACCGCCAUAGGAGCGUUCGGGAUCGGUAGUCUAAACAUUAUGGACAACGUUGUGUUCGGAUCAAUCGGAAAUGGUAUUGCCACAAGCUCUGAUGACACAGUCCUUAAACAUAAUCUGGUAGCUUUGGUGGUAGCCACAAAUAGUUACCAGGACCGUUUUGAGGAAUUUAAUCCAAGAUGGGAGGCUGGAAUUGAGGCAAUGUCAGCAAAGAGGCUUGUUCUUCAAGACAAUCUUGUUACGGCAUCAGAAAGAAUAGCUUUCCAUGUGCCUCUUCUAGAAUGUGAUGACAAUACAGGAAACUACAGUAAUAAUAGAAUGUAUGCAAACAUACUCGGAGCUGUUGUCCUUCCAGCUGAUCCAGCCCCUACAGAUUGUGCCAAAUUGAGCGGUUUUCUUGCAUGGAAAAAUCAUGACUUUGGUAUCUAUUAUCAAUCUAAAGUUAAUUUUGUCAGCGAAAAUAAUUUAUUGAUUGAAAAUUCCAAUGGUUUGGUAGCGAUUGUCAACGGACCAGGUAUAUUAAGUCAUGUUUAUGCUGAUAAACGUGUGGAAAUAAAAAAUACAACAUUUGUUGGACAGACAUCAUCAUUUGAUUGUGCAAAUGAUAGGUUGCCAUCACCGGACGACAAUACAGUGCUUUCUGCAAACUCUCGUCCAAGUUCUCCUCCCAAUGGCGGCAUGGUUGGGCUUGUAUUUCCAAAUUAUAAUUCAGGGUCAAAUAAAGCUCCAAUCAAACCAUUCAAAGGCCUCAUGAGUUACAAUGCCAUCGGUGGUUUGACUACUAUUUCUGAUGUCACGUUUGCAAAGUAUGGACAGUCUGCUUGCAAGAAUAACUAUGCUGUGACAACGAAUACAGCUAACGAUGAUUUACAACACCCAAUGACAUCAGAAAGGACAACUUUGAUUGACGUGGACAGUAGCCACAAAAUCAUUUAUCACAGACCGAAUGUUGGAAAAAUCAAUUCUGCCGAUUGUGUUGACAUGGACUGUGAUGCGUUAAAGAAGGCUAUGUUUAAGGAUUUGGAUGGAACAUUCUUAGGUCAUGUUGGGACAGUAAUCCCUCAGUCAGAAUAUGAAUGGGGCGGUGAUCCGAGACGAGGUCUUGGCGACUAUAGGAUACCAAAAGAAAUGGUGACUACUGUUGAUGGUGUGAGAAUUCCAUAUAAUACUAUUGCUCCAAACAAAGGUAUUAUCCGUAGUGAAAAUUGCACAUAUGUAUCUAACUGGCAAGCAUACGAAUGUUUCGACGAUAUGAAUUACGAGAUGCUUGUGAUAGAAAGCAUGGACUCAGAUACAGAAACUCGACGACUCUCACCAGUUGCCAUUUUAGGAGAUGGAUACAUUGAUCUAAUUAACGGUCCUCAGGACCACGGGUGGUGCAGCGGAUACACGUGUAGGAAGAGGGUUUCAACUUUCCACGCACUUGUUGCUACAGACCACGAAUAUCUGAUGCAUUUUACAAGCACAACGCCUAAACACAUGCGAUACAGACUUUUGAACGUAAAUGCGAAUGAGGGAAUUAAACUUACUGUGUGGUAUUCAAGACCAAACAGAUUGGAUGUGUUUGUGAAUGAACAGUUCAAGAUUGCAACUAAUGCAAGGAUUGAUAGCAACAAUAGAUACAUCAUCACUAUGCCACAAGGCAAUGAAUAUGAACCCCAGCUUGCCAACGGAACAGGAACAAACUACUAUGAUAAGGACCGCGGGGAGAUCACAUUUAUAAUAAUGGGCCAAGAACAGAUUGACAUCAAAUCUGCUGACACUAUAAUCGUCUCAUUUGGUCUACCUGCAUUAACAGUCGCUGAUUUCUAUGGAGAUAAUUUGGUUGAAAACUUGGCGGCUUUCUUGAAUAUACCGCUGACCAAGGUACGAAUUAUGAACGUAGUCAGUGCCGCUGGAAGUGGAAGACGUAAACGACGUUCAAGUAAUGGAAUAACUGUCGAGGUGGAAAUAGGAGACGAGCCUGCUUCAGAUGUUAAUUCAACCGUGUCGGACAGCAUUGAUUACACGUCAUUGCUUAACCUAGCUUCUGAUAUUGUCAAUGAGUGUCAAGUUGGAAAUGUAUCGCAGACAUUAAACAUCACUGGAGGUUGCCAGACGGUCGAAUUGCCAUCAACUGAUCCAAGUGUUGCUUCAAUAAAAUACAACACACCUUCACCCGACCAUCUUUUCUUCUACACGAAACCUGUGGCCGACUAUGAAGGAAUACUCCUUACUACGCAACCGAAAAUACGUGCAGCUGAUAUUUCCAACAAUGUAGUGACCGAACUUGGAACAGCUGAAUAUCCAUGGCAAAUGACGGUUAGUGUUCGUCAGGGUACUGGACAUCCGUCGAACAAUCUGUCUGGAAUCCUAAUGGUUAACUGCUCCGAUGGUUGGUUCAACUUCUCUGACCUUGCCAUGUCACACAUGGGCACAGGUUAUAUACUCGACUUCAACGUCACAUACCCACCUGAGGCUGAGAACUUUACCCUUGCCACGGAUCCAUUUGACGUUGCUGGGCGACCUUUGAAGGUUAACCUCUAUGAAGCAACGAGUGGAGAUAUUACUACAAAUAGCCAGUUUUCAAUGAUCCUUGAUCUCCGUGACACUAAUACUGACGAGGCUAUCACUGAUAUCAGCUGGAGGGAUCAUACCUGGACGGCCGAUGUGUCAAUGAUUUCAGCCUCCGAUUAUGCUUCUUUAGCUGGCACGACCACCAUUUCAUUUGACACAGUUACCGGACGUGUGAUGUUUCCGGACCUUUCUUUUACCGGCUUUGGGACAUUUUAUUUGCAGUUCAGGGUUGUGUCUGACCCCCCUGACUUUAACCUGACCAUGAAUCACAAAAUACCAAUAAAAAAUCCAACGCAUGUCGGCAUGAUUGUUGAAGAAACAUAUGAAGUGAAGGUGAAGUUCAAUGUAGAUUUUGAUAAAGUGCUACCAGAUGUUGACAAACAGAAUGGGUUUGAGCAGAUGAUUCUUACAGAAUAUGCAAAUAUGUGGCCAGAUGUACACCUGUCAAUCGGAUCUAUAUAUGAAGGCAGUAUUGUGGUGACAUUUGUGGUGUCCGGAUCAUUGGCCAAUGUAAAUACUACGGCCUACAGUCUUUGUGAUAGUAUUUACAAUGGAACGUCAUAUGCCUACAACGGUUACUCUCUUAAACUGUCUCCCUACAUGACCAUCAACAGUCAGACAUAUUAUGGAGUUCUCUGUGGUGAAAUUCCUGAUGACAAGGAUGACGAUGGACUAGAAUUAUACCUGAUAAUAAUCAUAGUUAUCUUAUCGCUCCUGGUUGUGGGUGUGGUCGCAGCACUUGUCAUCUGGAGAUGUAAUGUCAAACCUAAGACCCAAACUCACGACUGGCGGUCAGGUACCCUGUAUAAUGCUGAACAGAAGCCUGAAAAUUACCUGUUCCGUGAAGAUACUUUUGCAAGUAUGGGUUUCAAUAGUGCUCGACCUCCUGUUGCAACUGGUAUGCAUCACUUGAAUGAGAAAAGACCCCUGUCAUCAUUCUCGGUGAGGGUCAGCACACCGGAACCAGUGAAAAGGGUGGAGGUCAAUGAUGGUUUUAAGCAGGAUGACUAUAGCCUUUCGCCACCACCUCCAUUUUAUGAAACCCCUGCGACAUAUGUAGAACCAUGCGAUAACAAGCCGAAGAAAAGCCAAAUGGAUCAUCUAAGAAGCCCGAGUCCAAAUUCGUCAUCAGGAAGUCAGUCACCAAAACUGUCACGCAGCCACUCUCCUUUUGAAGGAAGAGAAAGCCCACUUCCGCCUGUUGGGGAGUCCCUGUAUCACAGCGAUUACAUUGUUACACAACAAUUAAGGUCGCCUACGCCCCAUUUGCCUGCACCAAGCCCUAAAAUAAAUCGGAAAAAAAGAUCGAGUGAUGACAUGGGAAGGUUUCAUAUGUAUAAGUAAUGGCAUGUGCAACUUGAAUAUAACAUGACAUGAAAGAGAUUCCAUGCUUAAAGGCAAGUGGUGACACUACCUUAAAUAUGGACACAUUUCGACUGGACUGGAAUACAAUAUUUAGAAUUUCCAUUUUAUUUUGGCUUUUACUUUAUUUAGAUGUCUACGUAGAAUACACAUGACUGAAAACUCUGAGAAAAAAAUGUUAAUAAAUAUCUGUUUAAUGUUUCAGGAAUAGAACUUGAAAAUGUUAUAAGUUCAUGAUUUUUAUGUGUAUCGUGUGGUUAUAAAAAGUAAAAUAUUUCCACAACUUAACACCUACAUUUCAUGAAUUGGUAAUAGUUUGAACAAGUAUUGGGAUUUAUUUCAAUUUGGGAAGAUAUAGUAAAUAUAGAUGUAGAUCUUCAAAUUCUCUUACCUUAGUGUCAUGUUGUUUUUCUAUUGUUGUCUGUGAUAUACAUGUAUAUAUAUCAAGAAUCUGUGAUAUCAUGUAUCUGUGAUACAUUUCUAUCAUUAAAUAUUUAUGGUUUCCAAAUUUUUUAGCCAUAUCUUAUGUAAUUUGAGUCCAUGUUGUAAAAAUAGGGUUUUGUUUUGUUCAGUCCAUUUAGGAAGCAAUCUGAUCUUAAUUAAGGAUCCAUACUGAAAUACCUGUUUGAUAAUGAAAU